AUGGGAAACAAAUCUUCAAAAUCAACAAAAAAACCAAAUCGAUUUUUUUGUUCCUGUAUACUAUCAAAAUCGACUUCAUCAUCGUCACUUUCAAGUCGUGAUAAAUAUCUACCAACAUUUGAUCGUAUAGUAUCGAAUGAUAAAGCUUCUCAUUGUUCUCCUCCUGCUGAAGCAAAUCCAUCAAAUUCAAUUGUUAUUCAUGAUGAACUCGAUAAGAAUCUUUUAACAUCAAAGAAUCGUCGCUCAUUAUCAUUGAAUAAUGUGAUUUUAUCUCUUCCGGAUACUUCCAAUGACGAUCAAGAUAGAAAACCUGUUCAUUCAAAGCCACCUUUACCACCGGGAAAAUCAAUUACUACUUCAAAAUUGCCACCUACAGGUCGAUCGUUUCGUGGUACAUUCGGCAAUACAAAACGAACAUAUUAUUCUCAAUCGAUUGAACAUGCUAAACUAUCAAUUGAAGAUUUAGAAAAAUCGCUUCAUGGUGCAUCGAGUAUUGACCAAUGGAUUGAUUCGUUGCCUAUACUUGGUACACCAUCGUUGAAUCGUAACAAACCCAUUCGAACAGUAGUAUCAACCGAUAAGAAAAAAAUUAAACGUAGUGUAACAAUAGGUGAUGAAUAUAAUGAAAAUGUUCUCAAUGGUUCAUAUAGACAACAAGACGAUGAACCAUCACCUGCCGAAAUAGAAUCUAAUCUAUCAAAAAACGAAUAUCCGAAUAUUUUAACAUUGACAUGCAAUCGCGAAUUUUUAACUUUAGCUAAAACUAUGCGAUUAAAUAUUUAUUUAAAAGAUUUUCUUUCUCGAUUGAAUAAUGCAAAAUUAAAACAAACAUUUAAAAAUCAUUUUUCAUUAUCAACGGUUAUCUAUCCAUUCGCUGGUAUUGAUCAAAUUCUGGCGGACGACUUAAAUCUGUUUCUUCUCACACCGGCAGAAUCAUUAUUACCAAAUCUAUCAUCAAAUACACACAGUGUCUAUAAAAUUCAAGAACAAGUACGUUCAAAAUCAUACUUUGCUCCAGUAACAAAUUGUAAAAUUGAAAUCGACGAUGAAGAAUAUAAAAAAAAGUCCAUUGAACUCGACCGAACACAUGUUGUUAUUACAAUUGAAAAUAAAACAACGAAAGAACAAGAUGAUACAACGGCAAAUAAAAAAAUGCCCGUUGAACAAGAAGCAUCAUGGCUAUUCACAUCAAAUGAUUCCUUCCAAACAGGCUAUUUACGUAUUGAUCAAGAAAAACUUGCUAGACAAUUUUCACCAUUUAUUUAUCAUUCUUCAGCCGAUAAUAUUUAUUAUCUAUCAUCAAAUUUAAUUCAGCAAUGGUUUAAUACAUUAAUAUUAGUUAAUCAAACUUGCGCUAUUGCUAGAAGAUUUCUAACAGGUGAUGGAAGUCAUAUUACUUGCUUGAUUAAACAACAAGCCAAUCAUGCAAAGUCAUCUUCAUUAGAAAAUAAUUUAACUUUCGCUGCCUUACGUCUUCCUCCGUUUAUGUAUUUAAAUGAUUCAUCGCAUAUCAAUCUCGAAGAAGAACGGCCCAAUAUAAUUGACGCAUUUUCUUCAACAUUUUUAUCUGAUAACAAAAAAGCUUCGAACGAUACAAUUCAUAUUGAUUAUGAACAAUAUUCAUUUGCUUUUUUACUUCAUCGUUGGCCAAAAUCUUUACUUGAUAAUUAUUAUGCACAAUCAAUGCGUAAUUCCAAUCGUAAAUGGCCAUCAAAAUAUCAUUUAAACAUAAUAAUUAAAAAGCCGAUUUUACUAAUUCCAAUGCAACAUAAUCAUAAAUGGGAAAUAAAUUUUGAUUUAAUCGAACAAGGUUUAUUUGAAUUAAUGAACGAAUCAACAUUAUGUUUUUACGCAUUGUGUCAACAAUUAUUCGGCCAAACAUUAGCAAUGCGUACAUGUGUAAAACAUUGCUUUUUAAAUUAUUGUGAAAAAUAUGGUUUACCUUUUUCAAAUAAUCGUGAACAAACAACAAAAAUUAUCUCUGAAUUGAUGUCGCAUUUUUUGAAAGAAAUCCAAUUGCAACUAACGGAAAAGUUUAUUCCAAAUUAUUUCAAUCAUGAAAUAAAUCUUUUCGAAAACACUGAUGACUAUAAUCAAUUAUUCGACUUUGUAAAUAAAUGUUUAAAUGAUCGUAUCUCUAUCCCGACAUCAUUAUUGACAAUAUCAAAUCGGCCAAUAAUUGUCGAAUUUUUGUUUCAUUUUAUUGAUCAAUUAUAUCAAACAUUCCAUAUAAAACGUUCACAAUUUCAUUUAAGCGACAACGUUCUUAUUGAUCUACAUAAACAGUUAUGUGAAAAACUAUCGAAUGACACAAAUAAUAAUAGUACGUUAUUACAAAAAUUUAUUAAUUAUCUAUUAAAUAAUCAACAAAUUCUCGAAGAUAUACAAACGAAUUUAACCUAUGAUUUCGAGACCAACGCUGAAUUAGUACAUACGUGUUUAAAUCAAGUGCGAAAAGCAGACUCAUCAUUAAUAUUUCAUUAUACAUGGACGAUAUAUGUACAAUAUUUACACACAUAUUACAAUGUUUUGUGGAAUAUUUAA